UCUUACAUUUGUCCAUUUGUUGAACUUUGUGUUUGGUAAAUUGUGAUUUUCAUUUCUGGAUCAACCGACACAUUCAAUCUCCUUUGCUUCAACUCUACUCUGCACAUUCUUUCUUCAUCAUAUCACUCCCUCACUCACUCACACUCUCCUACCGAGUUACCCCAACGAUUCACCAAACUCACUCACUCACUUACAUAAACGCCGUCGUGGCUCACACACCUAUACCAAUGGAUUCCUCCUCCGACGAAGACGACGACCACCACAACCUCAUCCACCAACCCUCCACAAAACCCCGAACACCUCCCUCUACAUUCAACGUCGAAGAUCUCAAUUCCCGAUUCCGGCGCGUCAAUUUCACCUUCCAAAAAAAGCACUACAUUCUCGCCAUUCUCCUUCUCCUCCUCCUUCUCUUCCUCUUCUUCUCAGUCCCCAAUCUCCGUCGUUACUUCACCACCUCAUUCACCUCCGACUCCAUCACCGAUCGAAUGAAAGAAUCCGAAUUACGCGCCAUUUAUCUCUUACGCCAACAGCAGCAACGUCUUUCAACCGUUUUCAACUCUUCCGAUCAGAAUCAAAACCCUAACCCUAAGCUAAUUGAAGAUCUGAAAUCUGCAUUAUUCAAACAGAUUUCAAUAAACAAUGAAAUUCAGCAGAUUCUGUUGAAUCCACAUAGAACAGGGAAUGUAAUUGAUCCUGAAUUCAAUUUCGGAAAUUCGAAUUUCAAUGUUGGGAAUUACGAUAGAUGUAGAACUGUUGAUCAGAGUUUGUCAAAGAGGAAAACUAUUGAAUGGAAUCCUAAAAAGGAUAAAUUUUUAGUUGCUAUUUGUGUUUCCGGUCAAAUGUCGAAUCAUUUGAUUUGUUUAGAAAAGCAUAUGUUUUUCGCAGCGAUUCUUAAUAGGGUUUUGGUGAUUCCAAGUUCUAAAGUUGAUUAUCAGUAUGAUAGAGUUGUUGAUAUUGAUCAUAUUAAUAAAUGUUUAGGGAAAAAAGUUGUGAUGUCUUUUGAUGAAUUUUCGAAUGUUAAGAAGGGUCAUUUGCAUAUUGAUAAGUUUCUUUGUUAUUUUGCUUUGCCUCAACCUUGUUAUUUGGAUGAUGAGAGGUUGAAGAAGUUGGAUGGGUUGGGUUUGGGUAUGAGUAAACCUAAGGCUGUUUGGGAGGAUGAGGAUACGAGGAAUCCAAAGAAGAAAACUGUUCAGGAUGUUAUGGAUAAGUUUUCUUAUGAUGAUGAUGUUAUGGCGAUUGGUGAUGUUUUUUAUGCUAAAGUGGAGCAUGAAUGGGUUAUGCAACCGGGUGGACCGAUUGCUCAUCAAUGCAAGACUUUGAUUGAACCUAAUCGCCUUAUUUUGCUUACUGCUCAGCGAUUUAUUCAGACAUUCCUUGGAAGGAACUUCAUUGCUUUGCAUUUUCGGAGACACGGUUUUUUGAAAUUCUGUAAUGCUAAAAAACCAAGUUGCUUUUUCCCCAUCCCUCAAGCAGCAGAUUGCAUCUUGAGGGUGAUUGAGAGGGCUGAUGCACCCAUCAUAUAUCUUUCUACGGAUGCAGCUGAAAGUGAAACUGGUCUACUUCAGUCACUGAUUGUGCUGAAUGGCAAGUCUGUUCCACUUGUAAUUCGGCCAGCACGGAAUUCAGCAGAAAAAUGGGAUGCUUUGUUGUACAGGCAUCAUAUUGAGGGAGAUUCACAGGUGGAAGCUAUGUUGGACAAGACUAUAUGUGCCAUGUCUAGCGUGUUCAUUGGAGCACCUGGUUCCACUUUCACUGAAGACAUUUUGCGGCUGAGAAAGGACUGGGGAUCAGCAUCGCUGUGUGAUGAGUACCUUUGCCACGGUGAAGAACCGAAUAUUGUAGCGGAAAAUGAAUGAAGAUCGAAGAUAAUGACGGUUUUCUUGUGCCGUUGCUCUGGACCAGACACUUGACCGCCCUACCAUAGGUUCGAUUGUAUUUUUCUUGUAUGAGUAGUCAUGUAUGAUAAUAGAAUUAGCAAUUUUAUUGAUAAGUUUUGCUUGUUAUAUAUAAUUCUUUUCUUACAUUGAUUGAAAUUUGUAAAAUAUACAUACACGUUGAUCCUGAAUUUUGUGACAUAACAGUGGUGGCAUUUUAACAUCCCAUUUUAUCUUUUAAUUUGAAAUCCAACCUUAUCAA